AUGAAAUAUUUGAUUGUUCUCAUAGCAAUCGUUUCGGCUUUCGACUAUGAUCCAGCUCUAGCUAACCAACUAACUGCAUUUUCGUUUGCUGCUUACUGUAAUCCAGAUAACAUCUUAAGUUGGGAUGUCGGCACUAUAAGCCAAUAAUAUCCUCACUUAAGCAAAAUAUAAAUAUUCGAGAACAUAGAACUUGAAACAAGAGGCUACAUAGCUUUCAAUUCCGCUAGUCAAGCUAUCACCGUGGUGUUCAGGGGAUCCAACAACAUGAAGAACUUCAUCGCUGACAUAGAUUACAAGAAGAUUGAAUUUAACACCAUUUGCAAAUGUUAGGUCCACGAAGGGUUCUUCGCUGCCUAUACAUCUCUAAAGGUUCAAUUGGACUUGUUACUUGGUGAGUAUAGGAUGAAAUAUCCAUAUGCAAAAUAUCAUGUUACAGGACAUUCGUUAGGAGGAGCCAUGGCAACAUUGUUUGCAAGUGAACUAUCCAUGAUAGGAAUCAAAGUAUCACUUGUGACUGUUGGUUCUCCCAGAGUGGGCGAUUCUGAUUUUUAUGAUUGGUUUUCAACAUUAAAGGUUACUCAUUCCAGAUUGACAAAUAAGAAGGAUAUAGCUCCUCAUUUGCCACCUGUUAAAUACGAAUUUGAACACGUUAAUACUGAAAUCUGGUAUAAAGACGGAGUAAAUUAUGUGAUUUGUCAAGAAGUAAAGGGAGAAGAUCAAAAAUGUUCAGCAUCAGUCCUGAAUCCAAAUUUAGCAGACCAUUUAACCUAUUUAGGAUGGUCUAAUAAUUCUUGUGAUGCUCAAACAACAGAAUGACAAAAUCAAUUUUUAUAUGACAUCAUCUAUUAAUUA